AGGCGGUGGCGGGAGGCGACUAUGGCGGGAGGCAUGAAAGUGGCGGUCUCUCCUGCUGCUGAUGCCGGGCCCUGGGGCUGGGGGGCCGGGGGCGGCGGGGCAGUGCGGCUGCUCCUGGUUCUCUCCGGAUGCUUGGUCUGUGGCUCAGCUAAAAUUGAUGUGGUCAUGCUUCAGGAAUCUCGAGUUUAUACUACGAUUGCCAGGCAACAAUUCUGUUAUGAAAAUGUGCUUAUCCCAAAGUGGCAUGAUAUAUGGACACGGAUACAGAUUCGGGUAAAUAGUUCCAAACUGGUACGAGUCACCCAGGUGGAGAAUGAGGAGAAACUGAAGGAGCUAGAGCAGUUUAGUAUUUGGAACUUUUUUUCUUCCUUUUUAAAAGAGAAAUUGAAUGACACCUAUGUUAAUGUGGGACUGUACAGCACAAAAACCUGCCUCAAAGUUGAGAUUAUAGAGGAAGACACCAAGUACAGUGUCACCGUGACCCGCAGAUUUGACCCCAAACUCUUUCUCGUUUUCCUUCUUGGACUAAUGUUAUUUUUUUGUGGAGAUUUGUUGAGCAGAAGCCAAAUCUUCUACUAUUCCACUGGGAUGAGUGUGGGAAUUGUGGCAUCUCUGCUAAUCAUCAUUUUCAUGCUGUCCAAGUUUAUGCCCAAGAAAAGUCCCAUUUACAUCAUCCUGGUGGGAGGCUGGUCCUUUUCGCUAUACCUCAUUCAACUAGUUUUUAAAAAUUUACAAGAGAUCUGGAGGUGCUACUGGCAGUAUCUUUUAAGUUAUAUCCUCGCAGUUGGAUUUAUGAGUUUUGCAGUCUGUUACAAGCUUGGGCCCUUGGAGAAUGAACGAAGUAUCAACCUGCUGACCUGGACCUUGCAGCUGAUGGGCCUCUGUUUCAUGUAUUCUGGUAUCCAGAUACCACAGGUUGCUUUUGCCAUUAUCAUCAUUGCUCUGUGUACUAAGAACCUGGAGUAUCCUAUUCGGUGGCUGUACAUCACUUACAGAAAGAUGUGUAAGGCAACAGAAAAGAUUGUCCCCCCUCGUCUCCUGACAGAAGAAGAGUAUCGGAUACAAGGAGAGGUGGAAACUCAAAAGGCGUUAGAGGAGCUUCGAGAAUAUUGUAAUAGUCCGGACUGCUCUGCUUGGAAGACUAUUUCUCGAAUCCAGUCUCCAAAGAGAUUUGCUGACUUUGUGGAAGGUUCUUUUCACCUCACACCAAAUGAAGUUUCUGUCCAUGAGCAGGAGUAUGGAUUAGGGAGCAUUAUUGCCCAGGAUGAGAUCUAUGAAGAAACAUCCUCUGAGGAGGAGGAUGCAGAUUCUCGGUACCCCACUUUCAUGCAGAACAACUUUUUGACUUAGGUAGAAGUCAGUUAUUUUUAUGUGGACUGGCCUGGUACCUUGAUGGUCCAUGUCGCAUAUGUUGUGCAUUAUGCUUCUCAGCUUGGUGAGACAGAGUGAGAUACUGCAGGAAUUCUCCCACUGAAAUUAGAAGCCUGAGUAGGCCUCCCUCUGGAAAUGGUCUUGGUGGUCUUUGUGGGAUCCCUGGGGAAUGGGAGUGGAUAAAGUAGUGAAUGCUCCCCUUGGUUAAGCAGUCAGCUCACCUAUUAUGUUUCCAAAGAUAUUGGAUGAGCACAGCGAGCACAGCAUUCUAGCUCCUCUUUUGGAAGUUGAUUCAGUCAUGGCAUUUCUACCACUGUGACUGGCACUCGGAAGUGAGAACUGUUAUCUGGGUUGUAUUUUUUAGAGAGAAACCCACAAAUCUAAGCCUCUUUCACUUCUACUUUUA